AUGCUGUUUUGUGUUGUUCUAUUUCUUGUAAGCUCCACAGUCAUCGCCACUCGUGAUCAGUCCAUCGCUGUCGCAGGACGACUAGUUUGCGGAAAGCAACCAGCCGCUGGUGUACGGAUGAUGUUGAUCGACGAAGAUAUUGACCUGGCAAUAUUGUCAUGGCUUGAUCCGCAUGACGUGCUGGCUGAGGGAUAUUCUGACAGUAGCGGCGAGUUUCGGUUGGCCGGAGCAACAGAGGAACUCACAGCGAUGGAGCCUGUUUUAGAGAUCUAUACUGACUGCAAUGAUGGAAUCAAGAGUGGGAUGAGAAAGCUGCGAUUUGGCCUACCAGACCAGUACAUCACAGCCGGGUUGACGCCAGAGAAAACCGUCGACGUUGGGGUGAUCAAUUUGGAGCUCACAUACAAAGACGAAACGAGAGUAAAUCACUGA